GCCACGAGCUAACUGCAGGCAGCGGCCGGGUGUCGCCUCGACGGAAGCCCUGGUUGACUCCUCCGCGGCGGAGUCUGAGACCCCGCGCGGCCGAUGUGGCUCACGGGGGACUCGCCGCGGAUGCUGCGACCCGGAGGUGAUCCUCGCAGGCAGGUUUGGCUUUCCUCCUAUGUCUCUCUGGGUCUCCAAGAAUCCUACCCUGGAGCUCAGACUGAACUGAGCCCUCGGCUUGUGUGCUGACCUCCUCAGUGGGCUCCCAGGCGACCAUGGAUGUGGGUCUCUUGGUCCUCCCGGACGUACCCCAGGGUCACCGCAAAACUCUGCCGGGAGCGCGGGUCCGAGGUCCGGCCGUGCGCCGGCAGCGGGAGUUCAUGCCGGAAGAGAAGAAGGACACGGUUUAUUGGGAGAAGCGCCGGAAGAACAACGAGGCGGCCAAGAGAUCCCGCGAGAAGCGCCGUCUCAAUGACGCGGCCCUGGAGGGCCGGCUGGCCGCCCUGCUCGAGGAGAACGCUUUGCUCAGGGCUGAGCUGCGGGCGCUCAAGCAUCGCUUUGGCCUCCUUCCCGCCACGGGUGGGACCCGGACCCUGCCUACUCUGCUAUGGGACUCCCCCUGGCCUGGGGACCCCAGUCCUAGGGCUGAUCAGACCCCGACUCUACCUGGCUCCCACGGCUGCCUCUUGAGACCGUGUUCCCUGGACGCUGGCGUUCCGGGAUGCUGGCGCUGCCUAGUGGCUCACAGGUGGACUAGCCUGGCCACUCCCCCCAGGUCCCUCCAGGACCCUGCCUCCAAAAGAGUGGACAUAGCCUUGCAGGCUGCCCUGCCAGCUGCCUUCUUUAGCUGUCACCUCCUGGAUAGGCAUGGGGGCCCCAGACCAGAGCUCAGGCCCUGCUGGGGGCUGUGGUCACCCAUACCCACCGCGUGCCGGGCCUCAGGGUCCUCAGAGGUGUUGCUGACACCUGGUGUUGAUCCCAUGGGGUUGCCUCCCAGAGUGGCCUGCCCGGUCCCGGAGAACCAUCCCCAGGAGGAUCUGGCUCAGGCCUCCCUGCCCCACAAAUUGCGAAUCAAGUCCCGAGCUUCCAGCAGAGAACCUUGGGGCUGGGAAGGUGAUGGGAGCCCCAUCUGAAAGCUUCCCCUGGGCAAGGCCAGGCCUGCAAGGGUGUAGUGGGGACUGAUCAUGUGUUUGUCUGGGAGUAUGAGUGGCUUGGCUUUGACCCAGCUCCAAAUACUGGGCAAGGCUGGGGGUAGAAUCCACUUUUUAGUGUCCAGACCAGAUUUUUAAGAGGAGAGUCUGUGGGACCUUGGGUCAUACCAUGGUUCCUAUUCUGCCUGAAAUAUGUUUUGGGUAGGCACUUUUUCUUCCUCUUUCCAUUUAUCCAUCCAUCCAUCCAUCCAUCAAUCCAUCCACCCAUCUAUCCUUCUGUCUACCCUCCCAUCCAUUCACUGAUCCUUGCGUGUGUCCAUCUGUCCACUCAUCCAUCCACCCAUCUAUGCAUUUGUCCACCCAUCCAUCCACCCACCCAUCCAUCCUACCUUUCAUUCAUGCAUCAAUCUAUCCAUAUACCCACCCACCCAUUCAUCUAUCCACCCAUCUAUGCAUUUGUCCAUCCAUCUAUCCAUCCAUCCUUCCUUCCUUCCAUCCUUCUGUCUAUUCUUUCAUCUAAACACUCAGCCAUCUAAUCACAUCAACUCACCCACCCAUCCUCCCUUUCUCCCUCCCUUCCUCCCAUCUAUCCAUCCUUAGAUCUAUUGAUCCAUCCACCCAAUCACUUUGCUCUGAGUCUACACACCUAUCCAUUCAUCCAUUCAUCUACCUACCCAUAUGUCUAUCCAUUCAUUGAUUCUUUUAUACAUUUAAUCACUCAUUCAUGUGCUCAGUUGAUCAUUCAUUCAUUCUCUCACUCAUUUAUUUACAAUUCAUAGUGCCCAGCUUAGUAACAAGCAUGAGAACACAUUUCUGGCUUUGGGGUUCCUAUUCUAGGGGGAUGGUGGGUACUGGGAACAGACAUACUGAGGGCCAUACUGAAGGAGGAGGUAACAUCUUAGGAUGUCUGACUCCUCACUUCCUGCAGGGGCGGGUGUGUGUACUUACCACCUGGUGUGGAGGUCAGACUUACCCAGUUCAGGUGGCUCCCUCUGUUCACUGAAUCACGGCCUGAGCCUCUGGAACAGACCCUCAGUGUCUAAGGGUGUGUAUGUUAGUCUUCUCUCUCUCUUUGGCUACUUGUACCUUAGAAGACCUCUCAGCCCCAGUACACAUCCUGGGCUUGGAGACUUACAUCUCCCAAGAAGAUCCCGAGGAGGCAGGAAGGAGGGCUGCCUGGAAGUGGCAGCUCUAGCCCGUUCCCUUCUUAGCCAGAGCCCACUGUUAGAAAGGGGUAGACUGGGGGUGCAGAGAAGUUGGCUCUCAACACAAAGAUGCCACAUAGUUGUGGCUGAUCAUGCACAGAGGCCUUAAAUGCAGGCUUGGCCCUAGAAAUGUUAAAAAAUGCUAACAAGCAGACAGAAGAAGGAAGUCAGGGCAUAGCAUACCACCUCUGGGAGAUGUGGGUAGUUUGGUGCUUCCUCUUGGUGAGUCCACUCACCUGGUGUGUCUGAAGUGUCUGAGCCCAGCUCACUCACCCCUCGUGUACUCAGGGAAAUGGGGGUUGGCGGCCCUUGGAUCAUUCAAGUCCCUUUUAACCUUCCAGCUCCAGUUGGAAAAGCCCAGAGAAGGAUCUGCCUAAAACAGGUCAUAGAAUUUCAACAUCAGGAGGGGCUCCAAGAAUCUAGUGAUGAGUGGUUAUCCAGUCUCUACCUGAAUUCCUCUAGGGAUGGAGAACUCACUCCCUUCAAAACCCCAUUACCAUUCCUUCUCUAGAGCCAGAACCCACUGCUUGCAAACUUCUACCUCUGAUCCUAUUCUUACCACAGGGGACCACUCAGACCGCCCCCCCGCCCCCUCCCUCUACUUGGAGGUGGCCUGUGGAGACUCGGUUCCUCUUCUCCAAAGUAGAGACCACCACACCUACCUCAGAUGGUCUGAGAAGAUUAAAUCUCAUUUACUGUGUGCAUAGCACUUCAUACACAAGUGUUUGACAGAUGUUAACUCCUCUCUCUUCUUUUCCUUUUUAGAAAGCACUCAUGCUCCCAACCCCAGAGUAGUGCUGUCUUCAGGGGAAAUGUCCUCUCAUUCUUCAAAAUUGUUUCCCUUCACCCUAACCUGGCUCUUUACUAUUUUUUUUUGUCAAUGCCAUUUAUAUAUGAUGGCUGUUGGGACUGAAUAUGAAUCAUUUCUUCAUCAAAUAUUUUUUUUUCAAUAAAUAUUUUUUUGAUCUCCUACUGUGUGUCAAACAGGAACUGGAUGAGGGAAGAAGUAUUCCACACUGAAGUGUUUGCAAGUGGAAACUUGCACAAAUGUCUAAACUGUUCACCCAAGACAUGUCAAUUACUCAUUUGGUGGGCUCUGGGGCCAUAGGUGUGGCCUCUACCCUCUGACAACCAGUGGGCGGCUGCAGCCUUCCAUGUGGCUGCCUGGGAGUUGCUGCUGUAAGAACCAUCCAGUGCCAUGUUCCACCCUGGGGCAUCCAUGGGCCCCUUGGGUCAUGUCUGCAACAACGGGAUUGAAUUGGGGACCAGAUUUUAGGACACUGUGCAGCCACAUGUUAUGUUUCCUCUUCCACCCAUCCUUGUAGGCUGGGGAGAUUUCUUCGGCUAUCAAUGCAUGAGAUUCCCUUCCUGCUUCGGGUGUGCCUGGCUCAUAUCGAAUGUGCAACGGAUAUUGAAUGAAAGUUUCUGCCCACCUGAUUGGUGAAUGCUGGGGGCAGAGAUAAAAUGAGUUGAAGAUGUCGAUGAGGCUGCAUUUCUCUGCUUUGUCUGCAAGGGUUAACAGACACAUCUUGGCGGAACACUGUGCCACCUGGAUCCUUGACGCUCAAGUCAUGAUCCAUGAGCCAGCAUCAUCAGGAUCACUGGGAGCUUGUUAGAAAUACAGAGUCCCAGGCUCCUCCCUGAACUGCUGAGUCAGAAGCUGUGUUUUAACAAGAUUCCCAGGAGACCCGUAUGCCCAUUGAAGUUGGAGAAGCAGUGACCCAGAGCAGUUGGCAAACUCCUCCUAUACGAAGCAGUCACAGAGUGAAUAUUUUUGACUUUGUGGGAUGGCUGCUGUUGCAUCUACUCCAUCUUUUCAUUGUAGCAUGAAAGCAGCCAAAGACAGUAUGUAAAUAAGUGGACAUAGCUGUGUUCCAAUAAAACUUUAUUUCCCUAAACAGGUGUAGCCAGAAGUGGCCCAAGGGCCAUAGUUUACUGUUGGUAUAUACCCAGGAGAGAAAUUGCAGACCUGCAUGGUGUUUGUCUUCAUCCUUGACAUUGUCAAAGUGUUCCACUGAGUGGUAUUACCAAUCCAUAUUCCUUUGCAUGCAGAGGAUGUCCGUGUGUGCUGACAUAUGAUGAUUUUUCUGAACUGUUUGGUUUUUGUCAAUCUGGUGAGUGUAAAAUGAAUUUAACCUGCAUUCAUCUGCUGAACAUCUUUGCCAAAAUCUGUUGGCCACUUGGGUUUCCUCUUCUAUGAAUUGCCUGUUCUGCUGGGAUAUUUACCUUUUUCUUGUUGAUUUCUCAGAGCUCUUUAUAUAUUCCAGAUAUACAUCCUCUGUCACAUGUGAACAUCGCAGCAUUCUUGCCUGAUUUGUCUUUUCAUCUUUUUUCUGGCAGAUUUUGUUGAAGACAAGUUCUAAAAUCAGAUGUUGCCAAAUGUAUCCUUCUUUUCUAUUGCAGUUGUACAUCUCUGUCUUGUUUAAGAAUCCUUCCAUACCUCAAGGUCAUGAAGAUAGUCUCCUAAAUGUUCCCAUAAAUGUUUACAAGUUUUGCUUAAUCCAUCUCUUUGUGUAUGUGUGUGUGUCAUUUUGUGUUGGGUUGUGGUUUAGUCCCUAAGUCA